AUGAAUAGCACAAAUAGUUUUCGUCGGCGGCGGCUCAUUCAAUUACGCAGAUCACUUCACCUCUCUCAGCUUUCAGAAGACAUAAAGAUGAAUGCGUACAAGGCUUACAAAGCAUGUGCUCCAAUAGCAUGGAGUCCCAAUCUGUACAUAACUCUGGUGAGGGGAAUUCCAGGAACUAGGAAACUUCACAGGCGCACUUUAGAAGCAUUGCGUUUAGGAAAAUGCAAUCGAACUGUUAUGAGAUGGAAUACUCCUACUGUUAGAGGAAUGCUUCAACAGGUUAAAAGAUUGGUUGUAAUUGAGACUGAAGAAAUGUUUAAAGCACGCAAAGAAAAAGAAGCAAAACACCGCUGCUUAAUAUCUUUUUGUUUUGUCAAAAUUCAGGAUUUCCUUUUGGGUAUCAGAUGCACAUUUCAAGCUGAUGUGUGAAAGGUGGUCUAAGUUCUUUUCUGAUAAAGCACUAAUAUCCUGUAGUUGAUAACAUUUGCAGAUCAUUCAGUUUAGUUAAGGUACGCAUAAUAUGAAGGAAAGCUACUUGUUUUUUUGAAGAUGCAUAAAUUUGUAAUGUUCUACUUCUACUCCUCUAGUUAUAGACCUAUUCCUAUAUGAAAUACUUGAUUUGUUUCUCGGCAUA